AGCGCUGUCAACGAGCUGACCUCGAGCAGGGGCUGCAGUUUCCUUUAUUUUGCGUAGUUCGUCAGCCGACCAAACACAAGCAGAGCGACAGUUUUCUUGUGCUUUGUGCUUGCACUCCGUUUUCGCUGUUGGUGUUCCUGGCCACAGUUCCUCUGGAAAGGCAGAAAAGGGCAGGAGCGCGCCUCUGUUGGACACCGUUCGUCCAAGUAGAGGACGCAACCGCACGCACACCCGACGGGAGUGAGGCCUGUGUGUGCGCUCGUUUGCUGCUUUUUGAUAAGCAUCAUAAUCCAUCCGUGCACGGGAAGAGAGAGCAUUAGUCACCAGCGGCCAGCGGCGCAUCUGUGUGUUCGUUUCCGUCCGAUGAGGAUGGAAUGUGUCGCCGUGGAACGCGCGUGUUAUCUCUCACUUUAACCCAAUCUGUUCUUCACUUUCGAUUCUGCUCUCGCCUUCAACACACGCACGCACUCUGCCGGACGCAUACGGACGCACGGGAGAAGGUGGAGCAGGAACAGGCAGCCUUACGUACGGUGCCGGAAGAAUCGUCCCCCCAGGUUUCAGUGCGCUUUUUGAGAGCGUGGUGCUGGUGGUCUAGCUAGCAACUCACUGCAGAAAGUUCCCCUCUUUUCUUCAUCGAAACACAGUGCACCGGGAGUGUCCCCGGAGACAGCCAGCAAGUCAGCCAUGUCAAGGGAAGGUCUCGGACUGCCACGAGGAAUCGGUCAACGAGAUUACGGUGCGAUGAGCAGUACGGCGUCGGCGGCAGCGACCGGCAGCGGCUCGGACGGGAACUUUGGCGGGUUCAGCCCGACCGAGUUCAUCUCGCUGAGCGAAUCGAUUGCGGCGAACACGAUCUUCGUGAAGCAGAGCUGGCAGUUUCUGGAGAAGGCUAACCGGACGAUCGGCACGGCCAAGGACAAUCAGUCGCUGCGGGAUAAGAUCAAUGACAUUCAAACGGGCACGAAUCAGCGGAUAGGCACCACCACCAAGGACCUGCAGCGGUUGACGGUGGUCGUGCGGGGCGGCGACAAGCAGCAGAAGCUCCAGGUCGAGAAGCUCACCUCCGACUUCAAGCAGGUGGUGGAGUUUUACUCCAAAAGCCAGCAGAGUAUAGCGGCCAAGAUGAAGCAGGUGUUCCUGGUGAACGCUUCCCAGGCGGACGAUCUGGCGAACGACGCCGGCAUACCGGGCACGGCCGAACAGCAGCAGGAGCUGCAGCGGCAGCGGCAGCUGCAACAGAGCCUCCAGUUCGAGCAGGACAUGCUGCUCGAGCGGGAGCAGCGCUUCCGGGAGAUUGAGGCGAACGUGCUGGACGUGAACCAUAUCAUGAAGGAGCUAAGCAACAUCACCUCCCAGCAGAGCGAAGUGAUUGACACAAUCGAAAACUCAAUCGGCCGAACGGUGGACAACGUGGAGAGCGGUGCGGAGGAGCUGGUCAAGGCGGCCGAGUACCAGAACCGGUACCGGCGCAAGGUGCUGAUCCUGCUGAUCGUCGCUGUGAUAUUGGGUCUCGUGGUGACCGGCAUUAUUGUGUCGAAGCUGAAAAGCUAAGAAUGCUGCAAAACGCUUUCCUUUUUAGUUUGUUUUGUUUGUUUGGGAGGGAUAUUGUGGGAUUUCGUAACGGGGGCUCGUCCUCCGGGCUACCCGAGGAUAUUAUGGUCGAGCGAUGGCGUAUCCUUUUUCUUUGUUUGUUUUGACAUAUCUUUUAAUGUGUAUUUCUCGCGUGCGACGUUGUGUUUAUUCAGUUUUGAAAGUUAACUUAUAAAGAGAAGAAAAAAGGUCGUCGCAACAGGUUAGAGGCAGAAGUAUACCGCGUUAGCGAAUCACGUAGCAAACACAAAUACACACACACAUUAUUAAUGCUGUCUACUACCGGCAGUAUGUGGCUUAAAGGAGGAACUUUUAGGUAGGCCUGUUGGUUGGUUUCGAUGCGUAAGACAUACAUGUAAUCAUCUCCCUUUUAGUAAUGCUGUCUAGAAUCCGGUACGCUGCUCGAAUCUCGCCCGCGGUCCACGGCACUGCACACGAGCGUUUGCUAUUUGGACGUGCUUUUAUCGUGUAUCGUGCAUGAUAUCGAUAUUUAUCCGUUUAUCUUAUUCAAUCUAAUCGAACCGUGUCGGUAAAGGGAGCAGUGUGAAGGGAGGAGUCGAAUAACGUACACCUUUUAUGCGCUAAUGUACGGAAGCGUAGUAGAGAAAUAAACCUUCCUACCUUACCUUAUCUUA